GCAGAGCUCCUGCUACAUUUGCAACCGUGCUCGCACUCUCAUUGGCCGUCUAGCGGCCCAUUCGGAUAAGCUAUUGUUGUUCGGAGCGAUUAGGAAGCUAAGCGCAUGCGCAUUGAUUGAAAACGAAAGACAGUCCGAACAACGCCAGCUACGAGCAACACCGAGACUAACGAAGGAAAAACACCUCCUUAAUGCCCUAAGCGUCAAACGGACAAUGACGUGACAAGCCGGGAAAUCUGUAGCGUCGCCUGACUGCCUUGUGUUUGCCUUUUAACUGCCCACGCCUUCAUUUUAUUAACAUCACAUUCGAGAUAUUGGGAUCUUCAGGUCAGACAAGUGCUGCUCUUUAAGCCUCACGCAUGAACACUUCCGCGACGAACAAUUCUUUGCUUUUGUUCAAGCGAAAGUAGGCUUCAGCCGUGAUACACGGUUCGACCAAUAAGAAAUCGACGCACGUUUCCCUGUUUGCGGCUUCCGGUUAUCUUCCUGAGAACCAAUCACUCGCGGAAGAUGUGACGAAGUCCCUCCUUCUUUACUGUUUCCGGUGCCGACCAUCAGUCAUCUUGUUGUGAGCUCCGAUACAGAGGAGGGUGUGGAUCAAUAGGCUGUCACAUCUGUCCUUUUUUUUUUUCUAAGUCUCUGAGAAGCCUCUAAGGCCUUUGGCUUCAAGAUGGCUGGAGAGAAUGAAAACCCUAAUUCGUCUUUGCGGAUCAUGACGUUUUAUCCAACUAUGGAAGAGUUCCGCAACUUCAGUCGUUACAUAGCAUACAUUGAGUCCCAAGGGGCACAUCGGGCUGGCCUGGCAAAGGUGGUCCCUCCAAAGGAGUGGAAACCGCGGGCUUGUUACGAUGACUUGGAUGAUCUUGUGAUUCCAGCUCCUAUUCAGCAGGUGGUCACUGGGCAAUCCGGGCUCUUCACACAGUAUAAUAUACAGAAAAAGCCAAUGACCGUCAAAGAAUUCAGACGUAUUGCGAACAAUGAUAAGUAUUGUACUCCUCGCUAUGUUGAUUUUGAGGACCUGGAGCGCAAAUAUUGGAAGAAUUUAACAUUCAAUGCCCCUAUUUAUGGAGCAGAUGUAAAUGGUUCCUUAUAUGACAAGCAUGUGGAUGAGUGGAACAUUGGGCAUCUGAAUACAGUACUGGAUACCGUGGAAAGAGAGAGUGGGAUCACAAUAGAAGGAGUGAAUACCCCAUACUUAUACUUUGGGAUGUGGAAAACGUCCUUUGCUUGGCAUACUGAAGAUAUGGACCUUUACAGCAUCAACUACCUGCAUUUUGGUGAACCAAAAUCAUGGUAUUCCAUUCCUCCAGAACAAGGAAAGCGACUGGAGAGGCUUGCCAAAGGCUUCUUUCCUGGAAGUGCUCAGAGCUGUGAAGCUUUUUUACGUCAUAAAAUGACCUUGAUCUCACCAUUUAUACUGAAAAAGUAUGGGAUACCAUUUGAGAAGGUCACUCAAGAGGCUGGAGAAUUUAUGAUCACCUUUCCUUAUGGUUACCAUGCUGGCUUUAAUCAUGGAUUUAAUUGUGCUGAAUCUACAAAUUUUGCUACACUGAGAUGGAUUGAAUAUGGAAAGCAGGCAGUUUUGUGCUCUUGUAGGAAAGAUAUGGUAAAAAUCUCCAUGGAUGUGUUUGUAAAAAAGUUCCAACCCGAGCGGUACAAACUCUGGAAAGCUGGGAAGGAUUGUACUGUCAUUGACCACUCUCUUCCCACUCCAGAGGCUGCACAAUUCACUGAUGAACAGGCAGAAUCGGAUCAAAAGAAAAGUGUGGCUAGACACCGUAUAGGAACCAAAAGGCACCGUGUAUGUUUGGAGGUACCAGAAGAGCUAAGUGGAAAUGGAGACUUUCCCAAGGAAGAGCUGUGCUCUGAAUCAGGAGAUAUGGAAUCCACCUGUGUGGGUAAAAAUGAAGAAAUGGAGAGCAGCCAGGAUGAAUGUACUGAACCAGGCUCUUCUGGACAAGUCUUUGAAACACUCAAAAAUGUUGAAGAUUUUAGUCUUGCUGAGCAGGACCCCAUCUCUCACUCAGAACAUCCCUCCACUAGUGCACAAAGCUCAGCAUCCUCUUCUUCGUCACAAGAUAGUUCCCCAGACAGCUCCAGCUCAUCAGAUACGGACUCUGAUGCACAACAGUCUGUCUGUUCUGGAAAGCUUCACAGCUAUGCCAAGGGGCAAGGCAGUGUUCAAAAAAGGAAGAAAACAGGCAAUAUGGCCAGCUUCUCAGAGCAUGAUCUGGAAGAGGUAGCUGAGAAGCACAUGAAAUCCUUAAAGGAAAACAGAAAUGCCAAGAGCCGCCGACAGCCUCUGUCCAAGCUGCCACGUUAUCAUCCAUUGGUAAUGAAGGAUAGUGGCAGUGAUGAUGAUCAACCAGAUCAGCAGCUGCUGAUGGAUGAGGAAUUUGAAGACAGUGAGACAUGGGCAAAGUCCCUUAACCAGCUUUGGCAGAAUCGGCCACCAAAUUUCCAGGCUGAAAAAGAGUACAACAUUGCAAUGUCACUUUUGCCACCUCACUGUUCUAUUUGCAUGCUUUUCAAGGCAUACCAUCAGUCUGAAUGUGAAGGAGAUAAUAAAACUGAACCGAGCUCUAUUCCAUUCCACCUGAAGACAAAGCCUCUUAUCCCAGAGAUGUGCUUCACAACAACAGGAUGUAACACAGAGAUUAAUCUAUCUGCUCCUUAUCUGGAAGAUGAUGGAACUAGCAUCCUAAUUACAUGUAAAAACUGCUCUGUCUGUGUACAUGCCAGCUGUUAUGGAGUCCCCAAAGAAAAAGCUGUGGAAGGGUGGUUGUGUUCUAGGUGUGAAGAAAAUGCCCUGACUGAGGAUUGCUGUCUGUGUUCUUUAAGAGGGGGGGCCCUACAGAAAGCAAAUGACAACCGGUGGGUACAUGUGAUGUGUGCCGUGGCAGUUACAGAAGCAAAAUUUGUGAACAUUGCUGAGAGGCGUCCUAUAGAUAUCAGCAGAAUUCCACUGCAGAGAUUUAGACUGAAAUGUGUAUUCUGCAAGAAAAGGAGAAAGAGGGUUUCUGGAUGCUGUGUACAGUGUUCCCAUGGGCGCUGCCCUACUUCCUUUCAUGCCUCCUGUGCACAAGCUGCCAGUGUGAUGAUGCAACCAGAUGACUGGCCAUUUGUGGUUUUCAUUACUUGUUACAGACAUAAAGCCUUACAGAAUGAGGGCAACGACUCAGCCAGAGAUAUUGUGGUUGGGCAGGCUGUGAUUAGCAAACACAAGAAUGGUCGGUACUACCAAUGUGAAGUGGUUAAACUGACAAAAGAAACAUUCUACGAGGUCAAUUUUGAUGAUGGCUCCUUCAGUGAUAAUCUGUAUCCAGAGGAUAUAGUGAGCCGUGAUUGCCUCAAUUUGGGUCCCCCUUCAGCUGGCGAAGUUGUGCAAGUUCGCUGGACAGAUGGUUUGGUCUAUGGUGCCAAGUUUGUGGCAUCCCAUACUAUUCAAAUGUACCAGGUGGAGUUUGAGGAUGCAUCUCAGUUGAGUGUUAAGCGUGAUGGUGUGUACACACUUGAUGAAGAGCUACCAAAGAAAGUAAAGUCACGACUGUCUGUUGCAUCCGACAUGCGCUUUACAGAAAUCUUUACAGAAAAGGAAGUGAAGCAAGAGGUAAAGAGACAGAGAGUCAUCAACUCGCGUUACAGAGAAGACUACAUUGAGCCAGCCCUGUACCAUGCCAUCAUGGAGUAAAAUAGAAGUACUGGUGGAGAGGCCGGCUUCUAGCAAAAUAAAACUGUGGCCAAAUAAUUCAUAUCAAGUGGACAUGGGACCGUUUUCUUCUUCUGGCAGUCUGGAGAAUAUAUAUUUUCUUUCCUUUUUCCCCUUUAAAAUAAAAUGUCCUAUCAUGGAGUGCAAAUCAUGGCAGCCAAGUCAGAAAAACAAUAGAUUCUUUGCUAAAACUACGGCCUGCUGCCUAUUGUGCUUGUACUGGGCCACUCCUGAACAGAUGUGAGGACAUGAAAAGCCCUUGAAGCCAGAUUACAUCUUACCAACAGUGUUACUGGUGCUUGUGUGCUUUCCCCUUGGAAAAAAAAGGGGACAUUUUCCCUUCUUUGCUGAGCAAGAUCAACCUUCUCGUUCUGACAGUGGAAUAUUUCAAACUGCAAAUUGUUUUCCUUCUUAUUCCACUUUGGUUUGUUUUGAUAGACUUUGCAUUAGGAAGCAGGACUCAUUUUGAUAUUUAAUGUUUUUGCCUGCAGCACUUGUGAAAGCUAACUGCUGAGAGAAUAAACUGCAAGUUUGUAUUGAUGCUUGAAGGUAUUCUGCUACCCUAAAGACUGUAUUACCUAGUUAAAAUACUCUUGGAGUAAGGAUAGCAUCCAGGCUCUUGUGUGAUUCAGCUGAUGUCUACCUCUUUUGCGAUAAGUACAUGAAUAGUUUCAAGGACAGAAACUAGCAUUCCCUAUUUGAUUGACACUUGUAUCACCCAUCAUUAAAGAAGAUUUUAAAGUCCAGGAACCCAUUUUGCAGCCCAACCAUCCUUUGGCUUAAGGUCUGGCAUGUGGUCAGACUAGCCUGGUCUUCUAGAUCUUCUAGAGCAACGGAUACAUAGAAACAUCUUAUGGACUGUUGUUAUGCUGUAGUUCUGGUAUUAAACCUAAACCCCCAAAAGAAGCAUUUGCCUCACAGUUUGGGAUGUAUGCUUUUAGGAUUGAGAGAUAUGUUCAAAUUAUUGAAAGAUGAGUAGACUUAUGGCUUGGCCUACUUCAGCCUGACCUGAUGCAGCCUUCUAGCUCUUGUUUCUUAAAGUUAGUGUCAUUUUGAAAAUUUAUUUUCAGGAAAUUUGCUUUCCAUGGUGCAAAAAAGAAAAAAAAAUCUGACAUCCUCAGAUUUUAAUGCAGAUUUUUUUUCAGUUUAAUUUAUUUUGACUAAAUAAUUGUAUAAAGUAAUUUCUUGGGAGUUUCCUGGUCAAUACAAACAGUGUUUUAGAGCUUAGGCCUAAAUCUGCAGUGAGUAGAACUAGAUGUUACAAUAGACAUGAUAAACAUCAUGAGCAAUUUGAAGAGUGAAUUAGACAAUAUAUUUUGUAAAAGCACACACGUUUUUUUCUCUCAAUGGAACAGAAGAAAUGUAAAUAUGUUUUGAUAUGGAAUACAAUAUACUCUAAUGCAUCACCUUUAAUUCUACUGGAUCCUAGGGGUGCAGAUGCAGAAUUGUGUUAGGUGAUGGCUUUUCUCAUUUUAACAGCAUAAGAGAAUUAAAUGUACAGUAUGUUGGGAACAAACCCUACCAGAAUACAGUGGACACGCCUAGAAAUGUGGGAAGUUGAUGGUACAGUAAUUAGUGGCAUACGGCAGAUGCCACACCAGUAAAAGAUGGGAUUGUUACUGCAUCUCAUAUUUCUUAAGGAAAACUAUAAAACUGCACAUUUGUGAAGUUUGGCUACAUUACAAAAUAUACAGAUGUUAUGCUGUACAGUAGAAGGUUGCUGUGUAUCUUCAUAAAGGUAAUAGUGCAAGUCAAGACUGACCCACUAGUGAAAACAGCACAGGGACUGCAAAUAUCCUAGCUCCUGCGUGGAUAUACAACCUUUACAUUUCUGAAUAUUUCUGCCUUCACACCGCUGCAGGACAUUAUAGUUUUCCUUUUAACUCUUCAAAAGUGUGUGAACUUUUACUGUUCCCCUAAAUCUGACGCUUGUUUAAAAAAAAAAAACAAAAAAAACUUCUGCUUUUUUUUUAACUAUUCUUUAAAUUAUAUGGCAAGUUAGAGCAUAAAUUUUAGCAAUAAAUGUGUGUGAUGUACAA